AAGAGAACCAGCUACGUAGGACGGGAAACGCGAAGUUACCUCCAUAAGCACAAAUCCUGCUCCCCGAGGACAGGCCUCUGGACUCGGCGGGGUCAACAACAAUCACAGGGGAGACGGAAAAAUGCAGAGGAGGGAUAAGGAUUCAAUCUGCCCCACCGCAGCCCGGGCAACAGAGACACAGCGGGCCUCAUGCAAGAACGCAGCUCCUUCCCAGCACCUGAGGAGGCAGCAGUCAUCCUGCCAUCUCCUGGCAGUACAAAGACACGGACCCAGUCAUUUUCCCCAUCUACCUUUUAAGUAUGUGAGCAAGCUAGAGUCUGGAUUUCAUCUCCCUGGGCGAUUUCCAUACAGUUUCAGGUCAGCCCUGGCUUCAGCUCCACAACCUCCACAUCGACUGGACCACCCUCCUCCCCCCCCCAUCAUCCCCAUGAUUGUGCCAUCGACCUGCUCCCUGGAGCUCCCUUACCCACCAGCCGGCUGUAUAACAUCUCCCGCCAUGAGACGGAAGCAAUGGAGAGUUACAUUCAUGACUCGUUGGCCGCUGGCCACAUGCGCCCCUCAUCUUCACCAGCCAUGGUUAAUGAUGUCCUGCGGGACAUGCUUAAUCGUUUCAUUUUCGUGUACCUGGAUGACAUCUCAAUGUUCCCUCGAGACAUGGAGGAACAUCACAAACACGUCAGAUGGAUCUAGAGAAAGAUCAGGUGACUCAAGAACCCAUCAUAUCUCCCUCCUGAGUAGUGGCAGCUGAGGCUUGGGACAUUGAGACAGCAGUGAAGUAGGCUCAGCGCGGACAUCCGGACCCAGGUAACGGUCCUCUUCACCGCUUGUAUGUGCCUGAUCCAGCCAGGUCCCAAGUACUGCAGUGGGGUCACUCAUCCAAGCUCGCCUGCUACCCAGGUGUCCAACCAAACCCCACCCUUCAUCCGCCAGAGGUUCUGGUGUCCGUCAAUGAACCGAGACACCAAGGCCUUUGUAGCCGCCUAUUCGAUUUGUGCCUGCGGGAAGGCUACACACCAUGCACCUGCAGGUCUACUACGCCCCCUCCUGUUCCCAUGGUCCCGCAUAGCUGUUGACUUUGUUACCGAAUGUGACAAAGUGGGUGAGAACACUCCAUUUGUCCCUCUUCUCAGGUCCCUCUUCUCAGUUUCCAUAUAGCACCCAAUUUAACAAUGCUUGUUCUUAAUUAUUUGUCUCACUAUAAUAUCUCCUGAGUCAUAGUUUGCAGCCACACACUAUCCCGGGUUUGUUUGCGUUUUUCAUGAUCAUAACUAACAAUUCCCAUAUCAUCUUCAUUAAAUAAAAACAGACAAGUAGAGUUACGUUGAGUUGGUGUUUAUUUGUUCACUUUUCAUUUAAGAAUCUGUUCUUUUGUUUGAUACUCACCUUACCCACCACGUGUUCCAGGGACAAAAGGAGGAGGGGGCGGAACACUUCCUGUAUUCAUACCCUUGGUGACAUCAGCAGUGAUGUCACUGGGAGAAACCAUUUGUGAGGUGAGGUGUAAUGGGUUUGAAAUAUUAGAUUCACUUCAUUAUUGACGUACUGCGGAGAUCGAAUAGUUUAUUGUAUGUUUUGUAAGGAGUACUGCAAGACGCCUUUACAACUUCAGGUGACGUCCCUGCUUCCAGAGGAGGCGUGGUCAGCAGGAUGGAACAUGCUGGGUGGGCACCUGUUAAUGGAAGGGGCUACUGAAGCAGAGAGAGGGACAUCAGUGUGUAGCCAUGUACACGUUAGGUGCAUUUAAGUUGUUUUAUCGGGAGUUAAGUUUGUUCAGUUAAGCUGAGUUAACUGUCAUUUAGUUACUUUAGUUUGUACAUAUUUUUGGGUUACACGUGUUACAUGGGAC